CAAUCAUUCUCUCUCUUGAAAUCCCCGCAAGAUCUCCCUCCCUUCUCCCGCCCAAACUACUACUAGUUUCUUUUCUCCUCCGCCGUUAAAAAAUUCACAAAUAUGAGAGAAAUCCUUCACAUCCAGGGCGGCCAAUGUGGAAACCAGAUCGGCGCCAAGUUCUGGGAGGUUAUAUGCGACGAACAUGGUAUAGAUAGCACCGGUAAGUACAGCGGCGAUGCUGAACUUCAGCUUGAAAGGAUCAAUGUAUAUUACAAUGAAGCAAGUGGAGGAAGGUACGUUCCACGCGCCGUUCUCAUGGAUCUCGAGCCUGGAACUAUGGAUUCCGUCCGAUCUGGACCGUAUGGACAGAUCUUUCGCCCCGAUAAUUUCGUUUUUGGUCAGUCAGGAGCCGGAAACAAUUGGGCCAAGGGACAUUACACUGAGGGAGCCGAGCUGAUCGAUUCUGUUCUUGAUGUUGUCAGGAAGGAAGCUGAGAAUUGCGAUUGCUUACAGGGAUUCCAGGUAUGUCAUUCUUUGGGUGGUGGGACUGGAUCUGGUAUGGGUACCCUUUUAAUCUCAAAGAUUAGGGAGGAGUAUCCAGAUCGUAUGAUGUUGACAUUUUCAGUUUUCCCUUCUCCGAAAGUAUCAGACACUGUUGUUGAGCCAUAUAAUGCUACACUUUCUGUCCAUCAACUUGUUGAGAAUGCUGACGAAUGCAUGGUUCUUGACAAUGAAGCUCUAUAUGACAUUUGCUUCCGAACUCUAAAGCUUGCAACUCCCACAUUUGGUGAUCUGAACCACCUCAUCUCUUCCACCAUGAGUGGCGUGACCUGUUGUCUCCGUUUCCCAGGACAGCUGAACUCCGAUCUGCGAAAACUUGCUGUAAAUCUCAUUCCUUUCCCACGUCUCCAUUUCUUCAUGGUCGGUUUUGCACCCUUAACCUCUCGAGGUUCCCAACAAUACAGAGCCCUAACCGUCCCAGAACUAACCCAACAAAUGUGGGACUCAAAAAACAUGAUGUGUGCGGCGGACCCACGUCACGGCCGAUACUUAACCGCAUCAGCCAUGUUCCGGGGCAAGAUGAGCACGAAAGAAGUGGAUGAACAAAUGAUCAAUGUUCAGAACAAGAACUCGUCGUACUUCGUAGAGUGGAUACCCAACAACGUGAAGUCAAGCGUUUGCGACAUUCCUCCAAUGGGUUUGAGAAUGGCAUCGACUUUUAUAGGGAACUCGACCUCAAUUCAGGAGAUGUUUAGGAGGGUGAGCGAGCAGUUCACAGCUAUGUUUAGGAGGAAGGCUUUCUUGCAUUGGUAUACUGGGGAAGGGAUGGAUGAAAUGGAGUUUACAGAGGCCGAGAGUAAUAUGAAUGAUCUUGUGGCGGAAUAUCAACAGUAUCAGGAUGCUACGGCUGAUGAGACGUAUGAGGACGAAGAAGCUGAGGAGGAUGACAAUGCCUAGAGGUGUCAAUGGGUAAUAUUGUUGCCAUAGCUCUCGUUUUCGAGUUGAAACUUUUUUGUGAGUUGCAUUUUUUUAGUUGAUUUUCUAUGAUUGAAUUGUGGGAUUUUGUGUGUAUAUGUUAUGGUUAUGUUGCUGUCCUUGUUUUAUCUCAUCUGUAUAGCAUAUUUGCUUAUAUGUUACUUGUCUAUUCAUCU